AUGGCAGCCCUCCUUCGUCUUCUUAAGAUGCAGUACACCCCUCCCAUCGAUCCCAAAGGCGUGUCCUUCGCUGGGAAGAUCGUCAUUUUGACAGGUGCCACUUCGGGUCUUGGCUUCGAAGCUGCUAUCAAAAUCCUCAAUCUCGGCGUCGAGUCUCUCAUAAUCGGAUCUCGCAAUAUGGAAAAAGGCAACAAGGCCAAAGCCGACCUCGAAAAGGCCACUAACCGACGCAAUGUGGUCAAAGUAUGGGAACUCGAGAUGAACAGCUUCCAAAGCGUCAAAGGUUUCGCUGAACGCGUCAAUCGCGAGCUUGACCGUGUCGAUAUCGCAUUGCUUAACGCCGGUCUUUGGAAUCGAGAAUACAAUCAAUCCUCCGAGGGCUGGGAAGAGACUCUACAAGUCAACACGCUAUCGACCUCGAUGUUGGCCUUACUUCUACUUCCCAAGCUAAAGAAAAGCUCCUAUCCCGAAAACCCCGCCCACCUUACCGUCGUUUCAAGCCAACAAUUCGUUCGCGUCAAGGCUGAAAGCGUCCGGACUGAUGACUCGCUACUCGCUCACGUGAACGAUCCAGCCAACUUCAAGGGCCCUAAGCAGUACGGCAUUUCGAAGCUUCUGCUUGAAUUCGUGAUUAAGAAUAUCGCCAACAUGGCGCGCGAUGACGAUGGCACUCAUACCCUCAUUGUUAAUACCGUCAGCCCUGGGCUGUGCAUCUCGGCUUUGGGUCGUCAGUACACUCAUUGGUGGGAGAAGUGUUUCGUUUGGGUUAUGCACAAAUUGUUCGCCCGGACUACGGAGCAAGGAAGUCGUUCACUGCGAAUCAACUGCGCUGACGACUGGUCCGGAGGGAGAGGAGCUCCAGGAAAAGGCUUGGGGGAGAUCAUCGCCGUGCUGGAGGAGGAAGCACCCGAGAUGUCCCUCAUCUCUCGUGGCCUGUACCAGGGCGUUUAG